CAACCCCGUUACAUAUUUAUUUAUAUCGUUUAAUUAUAUUAAGAACGAGGACUGAGGAUUAAAUAAAGAAAGAAGGAAGACCGUAAGUGUAGAGAAGAGAGAGAGAGAGAGAGAGAGCCUCUGCAUCUCGUGUUUGCUCCGCCGUCAGGGGAAAAGAAUAUGGAAGCUGUUCAGAGGUUUCACUACUCCGCACCAUGUAUUGAUUGGAGAAAUUUUGAAGGGAAACCUCGUGGUUCUCUACGUUACUCUCAGCUAGGGCGAAUCAAAGAGAAUAAAAGGCUUAUAGCUCAUUUGAAACCUGACAAAAGAAGGGAUCUUCGACAAAGAUCCGUUUCGGACAAGAACUCCUCAGCAUUGUUGGAAACUGGAAAUAUUCUUCAUUCACCAUUUGAUGAAGAACUUGUUUUGAAGAGAAAAGCUGAAGAGGUCAAACCGUAUUUAAAUGGACGAUCUAUGUAUCUUGUUGGAAUGAUGGGUUCCGGGAAGACGACAGUAGGAAAGAUCAUGGCAAGAGCACUUGGUUAUUCCUUCUUUGAUUGUGAUACAUUGAUCGAGGAGGCGAUGAAUGGAACUUCUGUAACUGAGAUAUUUGAGCAUUUCGGUGAGAGUGUCUUCAGAGAGAAAGAGACGGAGGCACUAAAGAAGCUCUCUCUGAUGUACCACCAAGUUGUUGUGUCAACAGGUGGAGGUGCGGUUAUAAGACCCAUUAACUGGAAGUACAUGCAUAAAGGUAUUAGCAUUUGGCUUGAUGUUCCCUUAGAAGCCUUAGCGCAAAGAAUUGCUGCUGUGGGAACUAAUUCAAGACCAUUGUUACAUGAUGAUCAGUCAGGAGGAGACCCAUACACAGUGGCUUUAAACCGUCUUUCAACUAUAUGGGAAGCACGUGGUGAAGCAUACACAAACGCAAGCGCGAGAGUCUCUUUGGAGAAUAUCACAUCAAAGAUCGGGUACAGAAACGUGUCAGAUCUUACCCCAGCUGAAAUCGCCAUUGAGGCCUUUGAGCAAGUUCAGUGCUUUCUAAAGGAAGAGGACUGUAUGGCUUAGUCUGGAUGGCUUCUAUUUGGAGCCGGUUAUGUUUCCCCACGACAUCUCACCAGUUUUACGUGUUCUUGUUCAGUUUGUUAGUUUUGAUGACUGCUGUGUACAGUUUUUUUAUAUGAUUGAAUAAUACUCUGUUUCUUUGA